CUUCAGUUCUUCUUCCCAAUUCGAUUUCGUCACUCUCUGCUUCAACCCACAUUACUCCUCCCAAACCCUAACCCUAGCCCAAACCAAAAUCCCAUCCCAAUUCGAUUCUCCGGCGCCUCAUUCUCUCCUCCGUUUUGCGUAAUCUAUUCUCCGGCGAGGUUUUAGGGUUUCGGGUCCAUAAUGAUGUACCCCGGUGAUCCUCAGCAGCAGCAGCAGCAACAACACCAACAGCAGCAGCAGCAACACCAACAGCAGCAGCAGCAGCAACACUAUCACCAGCAGCAGCAGCAACAUCACCAACAGCAGCACCACCAGCACCAGCAAGGUGGAGAGUUUCACAGGGGCCCACCGCAGCAGCAGCCGCCGCCGAUGAUGCGGCAGCCGUCUGCUUCUUCGACUAAUAUGGCCCCGGAUUAUCACCACCCCUCUGCCCCUGGCCCUCCUGUUCCUCCUUACGAUGCUCAUGGUGAUGGUUUUGGUGCAAAGAGGAACAGAAAGCAGACUCAGAGAAGGGCAGUUGACUACACAAGCACUGUGGUGCGGUAUAUGCAGACUCGGAUGUGGCAGCGGGAUGCAAGGGAUAGGACAGUAUUGCAAGCUACACCAGCGGCAGCAAUUGAUAUGUUGCCAACAGUUGCCUAUUCAGAUAAUCCAUCUACAGGCUUUGCUGCAAAGUUUGUGCAUACUUCCACAAACAAAGUCCGCAAUUCAAUUAAUCGGGUUUUGUGGACUCCUCCAGGGAGGCGUCUUAUUACAGGCUCUCAAAAUGGGGAAUUCACUCUUUGGAAUGGUCAAUCAUUUAAUUUUGAAAUGAUUCUUCAGGCUCAUGAUCAAGCAAUCAGAUCUAUGGUAUGGAGUCAUAAUGGCAACUGGAUGGUCUCUGGUGAUGAUGGGGGCUCAAUAAAGUAUUGGCAGACCAACAUGAAUAAUGUGAAGGCCAACAAAUCUGCUCACAAAGAAUCUGUUCAGGACUUAAGUUUUUGUAAGACUGACUUGAAGUUCUGUUCCUGUUCGAAUGAUACUACUGUUAAAAUAUGGGAUUUUGCACGGUGCCAGGAAGAGCGCACUUUGACUGGCCAUGGUUGGGAUGUGAAGAGUGUUGACUGGCACCCUACAAAGUCUCUACUAGCUUCAGGUGGGAAAGACAGUCUAGUCAAACUUUGGGAUGCUAAGUCAGGGCGAGAACUCUGUUCAUUUCAUGGUCACAAAAAUUUGGUGCAAUCUGUUAAAUGGAACCAAAAUGGUAACUGGCUGCUAACUGCUUCAAAGGACCAAAUCAUAAAGCUUUACGACAUAAGGGCUAUGAAGGAACUUGAAUCUUUCCGCGGGCAUCGGAAGGAAGUGACUGCUCUGGCUUGGCAUCCAUUUCAUGAAGAAUAUUUUGUCAGUGGGAGUGCUGAUGGAUCCAUUUUUCAUUGGCUUGUUGGGCAUGAAACUCCCCAGGUUGAAAUUCCUAAUGCACACGAUAACAGUGUGUGGGAUCUCCAAUGGCAUCCUAUUGGUUAUAUUCUUUGCAGCGGUAGCAAUGAUCAUACAACAAAGUUUUGGUGCCGAAAUAGGCCAGGAGACACUGGUCGUGAUAAAUUUAACAUCAAUCAGACUCAAGGUUAUGGUGAUCAAAACUCUGCUUUUGCUGGCCGCAUGGGUGGUAAUUUUCCACUACAUGAUGGACCACCAACUCCAGGACCAUUUACUCCCGGGGGAACUCGAAAUGAAGGAACUAUUCCAGGGGUUGGAGUAGCUAUGCCGUUAGCCAUACCAUCCCUCGACUCAUCUAUUCAGGGAGAGCAACAGCAACCUCAUGCACAUUCAAUGCCUUUAGGUGCUCCUCCUCUCCCACCUGGUCCACAUCCCUCUCUUCUUGCUGCAAAUCAGCAGCAACCAUAUCAUCAAAAUGCCCAACAGCAACAUCAGCAACACCAAGGUCACCCCCAACAAAUGCCCCCUUUGCCCAUGCCACCUCCAAAUAUGUCACAGCUACAGCCUCCAUCCCAUUUGCCCUUGCUGCCGCAUCCUCAUUUACGUCCACCACCCCAAAUGCCCCCACUUGGUAUGCCAUCUUCAGUGUCCGGAUCUUUGCCUAUGCCUUCAUCGGUUCCUACAUCACUCUCAAUGCCCAUGGGCAUGCAAGGUACAAUGAAUCAGAUGGUUCACCAAUUGCCACAAGGUCAUUAUAUGGGCAUGAAUCCACCUCCACCUGUUGGAGGUUUUCCAAAUGCCAUGCCAAACAUGCAGGGCCCAUCUAGUGCAAGUGGAGGGCAAAUGUAUUCUCAUGGUGGCACCUUCAAUCGUGCACAAUCUGGACAAAUACCAAUGCUACCGGGGUAUAAUCCCUACCAGCCCAGGGGUCAAGCAGGCAUGCCUCAGCCUCCACCAGGGCCACCACCUCAUGGGCAAACACCUCAGUAGACCAUUUCUCCCGUUAGAUAUAGCUUUCUAUCAGGAUAUCUUGCUUUUGCAUGUAAAUCAGCUCAUGUUUAUGUUACAUCAGCAUAGUGUCUACUCACUGUCUGAUUCUUCCGGCUCUUCCAAGCCUAUAUUAGUUGUGUUUUAGGUUUCUUGUCCUUGCCUUCGGGCUCCCAUGUCAUCAAAAAAGUGUCCACUCACUGAGAUAGCUUAGGUUUGAGCAACACAAGAAAAAUUUCAUCAAGUUGUAUCUGCUCCAUUUUGCUUAUUUACAAGUGUUGCAGCCUAGAAUUGAUGUAGCGAGAUGGAUCUUAUUCAAGUAUAAACACAAACAUGUUGAAAGUU